UCAGCUAUCGGAGAGAGAAAAAAAGACUGAAUAAAGUGUUGUAGAAAGCAGAGAGAGCGGAGUGAGUCAUUAUUAAGGAGCAGGCAGGAGAGAAGCGAAGCAGCACAGAGUUCAUUCCAUCAAGUAGGUGCACCAGAGACCUUCUCAUUUUAAUCUUACACUGUUAUUACUAACUUUACAACGGAGAACCUGCUUAAACACACCUGUUUACUGGACUAAACACCAUUAGCUGGAUUAAACACUGUUUACUGGACUAAACACUUGCAAAGCCUGUGAUUAAAACAGGAUUUUGAGUCUUUUUCUAUUAUUUGGAUGCUUGAACUUAUUUAUUGAUAAUAACUUGGAUAUCAUCCUAACUUUCAUUAAGCAACACUAGGCUACGCUUUGCUCGGACGUGCUUUUAAGAGAAGACUUGUAGCUGUCGGAAGUUCUCCUCUUUCUCCUGAUUUUAACUGCUUUAUAAUAUUGUGUUGUGUGGAUAAUGUAUCAGGAGUACUGCAGCAGCAGCAGCGGCGCGUCCCCGGCUCGGGCGGACUCGUUCACCAGCGGAACCAGCGGCAGUCCGGUCUCGGUCUCCGGAUACCAGAAGUACAGAGUUGACAUGCCCGGCUCUAGCAGUGCCUUUAUUCCAACCAUUAAUGCCAUAACAACCAGCCAGGACCUGCAGUGGAUGGUCCAGCCCACCGUUAUCACCUCCAUGUCCAACCCAUACUCACGCUCUCACCCAUACGGCCUGCCAGUGUCGAACGGCCCUGGAUUACUCGGCCACACGGCACUCACACGUCCUGGGGUCAUUCGGUCCAUCGGUGAUGCUCGAGGACGGCGCAAGAGGGAUGAACAGCUGUCACCAGAGGAAGAAGAAAAAAGGCGAGUGAGACGAGAAAGAAACAAGCUGGCUGCUGCAAAGUGUCGUAAUCGUAGAAGAGAGCUGACUGAACUGCUGCAAGGGGAAACAGAGAAGCUGGAGGAGGAAAAAGCAGACCUACAAAAAGAGAUCGAGACAUUGCAGAAGGAGAAGGACAAGCUGGAGUUCAUGCUGGUGGCCCACAACCCUGUGUGUAAACUUCCUCCUGAAGAGCGGCCCGAACAGUGCACCCCUCUCCCCCUGACCAUGCGCUCCAGCCUCGGAUCACGGUCUGCUUUCGCUACCCACAGUCCCGUUGUGGUAAAGCAGGAGCCCAUGGAGGACGAUGAUGAGGAGGAUCAAGUCAAGUGCCAGCACUCGGUCAUCAAGCCUAUCUGCCUGGGUGGUGGGAUGUACUGCACGGACGGAGACAGCCUCAACACUCCCGUAGUUGCUGCUUCCACUCCACUGUCCACUCACGGGAACCCCAGCCUCAUCUUCACCUAUCCCAACAUGCUGGAACCAGACAGUCCGUCGCCUUCCUCCGAGUCAUGCUCGAAAGCACACCGGCGCAGCAGUAGCAGCGGAGAUCAAUCUUCAGACUCGCUCAACUCUCCCACCCUGCUGGCUCUCUGAGAAAUCACGGCGCUCGUCUAUCAGCCCUUUCAGAAAAGCACUCAAUCAGUGAGUCCCUGAUAUGGGACGGACCUCAUCUCUACCAAGCCGCAAACCCUCAAGGGCUAAUUUGCUCGUUUUAUUUAAACAUCACAGAAGGGAAAUUAUUUGUGAAAUUUCAGUUUCAGCAACAGAACAACGUGGACAGGUCCACGGCUAGUGUGAUAAGAAUUCAAUAACUCACAAAUGUUUGAAUUCAUGAAGCAAAGAAGUACAGAAGCCCUAAAUGUCCAUGAAUUCACAUAUUUUUUAUAAAGUUUUCUCAUAAAUCUGUGAUAUGUUUAGCAUGUUCUGCCCAUAUCAGUGUGGGUUUACUUUAACCAUCCACCUCCCCAGAACAUACAGGGGGCUACUUUUAUUUGCCCCAGGAGUGAAUUACUGAAUGUAUGUGUAUGCGUAUAUGUUGGCACCCGGUCCAGGGCAUAUUUCUGUCUUGUGCAGUGUUUUGAAGAAGCACCAGACCAGACCCCCUACAAGGAUAAGGAUAAAGCGCUCACUGAAUUUAAAUAAUUGAAUAAAAGCAUUUAGAUGUUUUACCCCAGAUGCAUCUCAGUCUCCUUCAGGAUGAAGCGAUUAUUAAAGAUUGCUUUUGAGCUAUUAGAUAAUUUAGGUCAGUAUCACAAGAAGGUGGUAUUUUCAAUAUAUAUUCAUAAGACAAUCAAAAUGAAGUCAUUGGUACAAGAAAACAGAACAUAUGUGAAUCAGACUGUUUAGGGCUUCUGUGGAAAGGUUUGUGGAGGGAAUUGGACACGGUUUUCAGUCCUCAAAACCAGUGUGACAUUCAUCGAAUCUCCCUUUGUAUUUAUGACGUGUUUUUAAAUUUAUUCAGUUGUAUAGUGUGUCCUGCUGUUUAGAAUCAUAUCAGAGGUUUACUGGAUGAGCCUGAAUUCCUUCAUGAAAAAGAAACGUAUUAUCUAAGGCAGACUCUUUAUUAUUACCUAGCACUAGCACUAUGGUAAUACUGCAUUUACGUUAUUUUGCUAUGUGUAUUAAAGACUUUUUGCUAAAGUAAAUGUCAGGGAUUUUUUGUCUGUGAGUAACUCGCACAAGCAUUACUGAAAGCAAUUGCACAUGAUGUACAAAAUAUGUCAACACAAAGGGUCGGUUUCUGGGACAGAUUAAAGCUGCAGUACGUAACUUGUUCUGUAAAAAAGUUAAGAGGAUUUUUUAAAUGCUGCUACUUGUGCUGAAAAGCCUAAACUAGUAAAACAAAAUCAGAUUUGGAACAGGAUUUUUGUGUGUUAUAAUAACAAUACAGCACAAUCUUUGGCACUACUUAAUUACUGCAUCUACCAGAGGGAUGUGGGUGAACAGCACAACUGACAUUACUCCACGUGUUGUUACUAUCAAAUCUUCAAGUCCUUAAAUCCUUAAAUAUUUACAGGGCCUAAGAGCUGGCAGUGGUAGGUCUGCUUACCUCCCAGACAAUAGUGCAGUACAUUUACAGCUGAGCCACCACUGUCCACAAGAUAUUUCCGUAGUUACGUAUUGCUGCUUAAUGCCUAAUUGUAGACAAAAUUUAAAUACUGCUAGUAAUAUACUAUUGAAAAUGUUUUGGUUUAGGAUUAGGUUUAAUCUUGGUCUGGGAAACGGGCCCAACACAUGUGUACCUGAGGACAGCCAUAUUGAGUCCAGCCUCUAACCCUUUACAUGGCAAUACUGCUUUUUAUUGGGCAGACACUGUGGUAUUAAUUGAAAAUAAUGAUCAGAUCACUAUGUAUUACAUUUAUUAUACAGGUAUAUUUUAAUGGCUUGAUCAGUAAAUGAUAUCAUAGACACUACCAAGCCAAAUGGGUGAGAACUUGUACCUCCGCCACUUGCGAAACAAAGGAGCAGAUGCACUUUCUUACUGAACUAAACAGUCGCUUAAAAGAAAAUGGCAUUGCUUUUACAUAUUGUUAAACUUAAGGUGGGGUAAAUGCCUGUGAGGAGUAAUAAAAUUCUACUUUUAGUGUAUGUAUUGUGAAGAAAUGGAAAUCCAUUGCAAUAUUUUCGAGUAAAUGUUUACUUCAGACAUUCCUGUUGGAAGCAGUGCAGAAACGUCUGCUUUGCUUGCCUUGUCGUGAGACUAAAGAUCGAAUCAGCUGAAGCAGAAUAAUGGCACAGAUUUGAAGGAAUAUUUAAUCUGUUAAACCAAAAAGGAAAGUGUAAAGACUGUGAGUUGAAUCCAGCCUACCUGCGUGUCUUUGAAACCGAUCAAGCCAUUUUCAGUCCCUGUUCACGUCCUUCUUUCCGAAUAAUACUUUCUAUUUUCUAAUUGCUUUACUCGUUUAAAGACAGAAAACAAUGAAAAAAAGCAAUAUGUAUGUCAGUGUUUGUUCUUUUGGUUAUUUAAAUGGAUUUUAAUAAAUAAUAAAACAUGCAAAUUGUAUUGUUGAUAGUUGUACUUUGCUUGUUCACUGAGUUUGAUUAUGUUGUUGGGUAUCUCAUGGUCUUGGAGUUUGCUUCUCUGUUUCUCUUGAGUCACUGUAUUUGGCUGAAUGCACCUCUCUCAUCCACUGCAAUAAGACUUUACAACAUAGAGCCAUACUCAAACAUUCACUACUUACUCCUAAGGCAUAUUUUAAACACACUGUGUGUCAUAAGUUAAAUUAAACCAUUCUUGUCAUCUGCCCGAGUGAAAUCAGACAGGCACUUUUAAUGCCUUAGUUUAUGUGCCGCAAAUGCCUUUUGCCUACUUUUCGAAUUCAGAUAAAGCCAUAAACAAUCUGUGAACGUAUUAACACUGUUUUUAAUUUUUUAAAGAUUUGUAUAGGCCCAUAAACAUGAUCCAUUAAUGCACAAAUGUAUUUCAUGUAAUUAUAAAACUAGGGCUACCCAAACCAUGGGAUCGAACAGAACUGGUGAGGAAGGUGCAUACAGUACCUGAUAUUAUGUCAUUUUUAUGAAUAUGAGUGGAUGAAUUGGUAUUUCACUUGAUCAAAUAAUGUAAUAAAUCAUGAUUAUUUACUAGGUUGACAUGUCGGUGAACACGCUGUUUGGAAAACCUUCAGCAGCUUUAACGCUUGUGUUGGAGCAGUUUGUGUCUUGUGAAAAUGUCCUUACUUUUAAAUAAAUAUCAGAAAGGUAA